AUGCGCAUGCAGCGUAAUGAGGUACCCGAACGGGACAAACUUGACUCAAAUAUUUCAAUAUUGGAUAGUAUUGAUUAUGUAUUUAUUAAUCCAUGUUGUGGAAGACUUGAAACAAGUGGUAGUAGUUAUUUAUGUGAAUUAUUUAAUUAUAAUGCCAUUAUAGCAAACAAAAGUGGCACAGCAGUCUUAUUCUCAUUUAAAUCAUUAAAUAUUGUUUACAAUUUAGGAAAUUUGUUUAAUAGUCAACCAGUAUGUCAGUUGAAUUGUGAAUUUGUUCAUAUAAGCGUCUCUCAUGCUUAUUCAAGUUUAAUGAUUGUAGUUAAAAUUGAAAAAAAUAAGGCACUUAUUUAUCAUGAACUAUUUUCUACUGUUAAUCUUGUUGAUGCUGAAACAUUACCUCAAAGUCCAAAUAUUCUUAUGAAUCCAAAUCUAAUUAUAUUUGAAGGUGAUUAUUUACAUAUUACUCAAAGUGUUAUACCAAAUGCUUAUUUUAUUUGGGAUGAAAGACGUAUAUUAUACACAGCUAAUGGUGGCAUAUUAAUUAAUGAAGUAGCUAUUGCUGGAUGUCCAUCGAAAUAUAUGGAUAAUUUAACUGAAAGUACAUUGCAUGAUUUUUACGAGAAUACAUCUACAAUUUAUGAUAAUGUGAGCAUUGUGGCUAAUGAUGCGUAUUGUAUUGACAAAAAUGAUAAAAUAAAUUAUGUUUUCUUGGCUAUUCACGAAUUUUAUGUGACAACAAUUAAUGGUUUAUGGUUCUAUGGUCAAGAAACUGUUUUACCAUCAAUGUGGCGUCUAGUACGAAACAUGACAAACUGUGGACCGAUUUUAAAUAUUCCAAAUAGUUAUGGAUUUGUACAAGGUACACGUAAAAUUAGUCCAAUGAACAUGACAAUCGUCUUUAAUUAUUCUCAAUGUCUUUUUAAUACCAAUGAACAAAAUGUAUCGAUGGCAUGUUCAGAAUUUGCUCAAUCAUCAUGUCCAUAUGUUCGAUUUGAAGCUCUAUUUGAUACUAAUCAAUUGUACGUUUUAGAAAAAAAUAUCGAACAACAUUUUCUAUUUGAAUUAGAAGCUUAUACGGAGAUACCAAUUAUUGUUAUUGCAACAAAGUCACCUAUUCUUGGUUACAUUGUCAAAUAUACAAAAAGACGUCAAGGCGGAUUAGUGAGAAUAUUAGGGGAUAUUCUUGUAACAACAAGAGUAACUACUGAAUUGGACUAUGAUUCAAGUCUAAUAUCCAUACGAGUUACUCUUAUAAGAAAUGGUUAUUCAUGCACAUUUCCACCUUCAAUCGUAUGGCAAGUAGAAGCAUGUUGUUCGAGAGCGAGUGCAUUACGAAUUAUAAAAAAUUCAUAUCAAGAGUCAUCAUGGAAUGAUCGGCCAACUAUCGGAUACAAAUGGGUUCGUCAAGAUUUACCAAUCGAAUUUCUUAAAGAAUUUUCCUCAUUGUACAUCAGUAUAAAUCAAAAAGAGAGUGCAUUGAAUCUCAAUUAUCAAUAUUGUUAUGGUCAGAAAUGUAAACCAGUAGAAGGUAAAUAUAUGGGCAUGUUAAUUAUGUAUGCUAUUGCUAUCAAUGAACAAGAUGAAAUAUAUGCAGAAAAUUUAUUAGAUCGCAGUAAUUGUGUACCAUUAAAUCGAAGUUUAUAUCGUCUUUGGACAAGAAUGACAUUGAUGACAUCAGCAAAAACUAAAAUGUCCUAUGUUCCAUAUGAGAGACGAACAUUUUAUCGAACAUUAAUUCAUUCUUUUAAUAUACCAAAAAAUUCUUGUUUAUAUUAUAAUGCAACAAAUCCAUUAAAAAUAAAUGAAUCAAUCAAUCAAGCACAUGGAACAGAAUAUAAAUUUCUUCUACAUAUUAUUUCUUAUAAUAAUUUACAAAGUUUUUGUGAUUUAGAAACAUUUGUAUUACUUGAAGUUAAAAUGGAUAAAAAUAAUCGACGUCAAUUACGCGGUUAUAUAUUCAUAGUGACAAUUUGUAUUUUUUUUAUUUUAUGUACAUUAUUAGUCUAUAUUUAUGCUUAUUGUAUAAAAAUGAAAAAUAAGAAAAAAUUAGAUAAUUGGAGAUUGAGACAUCUUGAUCAAGGAUUAAUGAUUGAAUGGUAUGAUGUUGCACAAUUACUUAAUCAAAGUAAAAAUACAAAUGCUUAUGAUAUUAUGAAAAAUUAUUUGAAAAAUGCUGAAAAAACAACACAAGUGACAACAAGACUUUUAGAAUAUCACACAUAG